ACAAUGAGUCCAAUCUCUGAGAAGGAAAGGAAGAUAAUUCUCGAAUUCUGCCAUUUACUCGAAAAAUCUAAGCAACUAUUCAAUGGACUAAGAGAACUUACUCCAUACGGAAACAAACAAUGGCAAGCACAUUUUGGCCGUACUUUUGAUAUUUAUGCAAAACUCUGGAAAUUUCAACAACAAUUUCGACCCGUAUUGGACCAAAGAUAUGGCUUGAAACGAUGGCAAAUUGGUGAAAUAGCUUCUAAAAUAGGACAACUAUAUUAUCAUUUUUACUUACGGACAAGUGAAAUAAAUUAUCUCAUCGAAGCCUAUUCUUUUUAUUUGGCUAUAAGAGGACGACAGUACUACAACCUCGCGAGCAAAGAAGCGAAAUCAGAACUUAUGGUGAAAAAACUGCGCUACUACGCAAGAUUUAUUGUUGUCGCUAUACUCUUGAGGCAGUCUGAAAUAAUCAAUGAUCUCCUGAUUGAAUUAGAAAAACAAAUUGUUGCAUAUGGACAAGCAUACGAUCCCAAUGAUCAAGCUGAGUGGUUAAACGUUUUGGAAGAGGUACGAGCAUUUCUCAAUGCUGACCCUGGUGUGUCAAUUAUAGACCAAGAAAAUAAUAACAGAAUUAUUACUUUGAGCGGUCGUCUCAGUCGCCAUACAAUUCCACCAGUUGAAAGAACACUCCAAAUGAAUUUGAAGCUGCAAGACGCUAUUAUAAUAGGCAGCGGUACACAACUCGUCAAAUUCUCAGAAUUGACAAUCGAUAUGUUUCGUAUGCUACAAAACUUGGAAUGGGAAAUUGAUGUCCCUAUUAAAGAUCCAUCGGUUGACUCUCCACACGCGUCUGGAGAAACAUCUAAAACACCCAAACGUAUUGGCGUACAUUGCGAAAGUGGAAAUGUUAAUCCUCAUAAAUAUUUACUGUUCAAGCCGUCUGCUUGUCAGGUUGUUACAUACGUUGCUAGCACAAUUAACGAACUGCCAAAGAAGGGUGUGCUACUUAUUUUUAUAUCUGCAGACGGUUAUCAUCCUCAUCAAAACACGCAUCCAGAAAAUUAUACUUAUGACAUUGGUGGCCUGAUAACGUCAUCUAAAUCGGACAUCUACAGGGAUUACAACAGGGAAACAAAAGCUGGCAGCAGUAAAUAUAAAAACAAGCACAUCCUUUAUCCAGGCGACUUGCAACCAUUCACCAGAAAACCACUCGUUUUGAUCGUUGAUUCAGACAAUUCAUAUGCAUUUCAACAUAUUUCUAGAACAUUCGGAUUGCCUCUCUUAGUGCUUAUGUCACCAUUGUCAUUACCAGCUACAAUAAAUGAUCGGAGUAGUCAUGGCAGUUUGUUCACACUGUUCUUACACAAUCCGAUAGCUGGACUAUGCAAUUCUUGCGAAAUCUUUACCAUAACUUUGGAAACGUGGGAGAAAUGUUCACAUUUACGUGACGUUUUCAUGAAAGAAGCCAUACAUUUGUUGAUGAGAAUAAGAGUAGAUUUGACUUACCACGCCUUUCUCGGCUGUGAAUUCUUACGUCUUCUAAUAUUGAGAUAUAUUUUCUGUGAAUGUACUUUGCGCUUACACCGAGGAUUUCGUGCAAGGACUAAUCUACCGCGUGCCUCGCCACCUCUCCCCGACGAAUUGAUGGAGAACUGUGACCUUAUGGCCAUCGUCCUUGAUAUAGCAGACUGCAUUGGGGUUCGUGAAUACUUUUACGAUCUUUCGGGUCCUGAGACUACGAGGGACUAAACCAACUAGACCGAAUUUACAAAAUAUUGAAGCUAUUUUACCAUUGUUUGUAAUUUGAGGGUGUAAUGGAGUAUAUAUUAUUUCAAAGUGCAUAUAAAGUGAUCGACUUUUGAGUAUAGCAGAAUUCGGAAAUAACGUGACAUUCAUAAAUUUGUAAAAACUGAACCAAUUUUAAAAUAAUCUAUUAUGUAAGUUUUAUUGUAUGUAAAUGCUUAAGUGGUGAGAAGGUGUGUGAAAUUAUUAUACUAGAAGAACUUAUAUUUAAGAAAUUAAAAAAAAUAUAUGCAAAAUGUUACAUCACGUACGUGGUGUACAAUAAA